CAUAGAUUAAUACUCAAAUUACUAAGAGGUGCUUCACAAAAGAUAUACACGUUUUGGCAUAUUCAUAACGUCAUGGAGGGAUGUCGAAAAUCUAAAAAAAAAAAUCAAAUAAACUUGAUCAUGAUGUUCCGGAAACGUUGCAAUUCGUGCAAAGUCGAUCUAAAAACUAUAGAGGGUUUUAAGCUUCAAUUACAUUUAUUUCCUUUUUUCACGGAAUCUAAUAGCAACUUCCGCUAUUGCUGAAUCAUUUACUACUAUUUCCAUGACCUCUACUUAGAUCAAUACUCAAAUUACUAAGAGGUGGACAAUAAAAGACAUGCACGUUUUGGCAAAUUCAUAACGUCAUGGAGGGCAGUGGAAAAUCUAAAACGAGUUGUAUACUUCAGCUUGGUGUAUUGCUGAAUUUAGCCCUGACAUUACUGUCUGUGGGGUAUUUGACUUACAGAGUGCAUACUUUGGAUGAACGAAUCGUUCGAUGCGAGCAAAUCAAGAAAACAGAACCAGACGCUAUUGUACAUAAAAAUCGCUUGCCAAGAGCGGCUAACAAUGGCUCGAGAGAUCCAACGAGUGCUUGUACCAAAUGCAGAGAUCUCUGUAUGCAAAUCUUCUCGUCCAGGUCAUCCAAAAAGUUAAAAUCGUCAAAACCAUCAAGUAAACCAGUUUGUGCCAGAGGCCCACCAGGAGCACCGGGUCCACAAGGGCCGAAAGGUCCAAGCGGACAAAGGGGACGACGUGGUAAACGAGGGUUUCGAGGAUCUCCAGGAAUACAAGGUCCACCUGGACUACCAGGUCCGCAGGGACCGAGGGGAGUGCCAGGAACAGCGCUCUCUGGAAACCCUUCUAUUGUCGAUUCCCUUGCUCUUCCAAAAAUAACCAAAAGACCUCCAUCUGUUCUUGUUACCAAAGAAGGCGAUAAUGUGGUCAUUCCGUCUAAAGCCUCUGGUUUUCCUAAUCCUAGAAUCUCGUGGUACAAAGACAACAAGAAAGUAGACGAGCGAUUCUAUGCAACUGGUGCUCUACGAAUAAACAAUGUCAAGUUCGAAGACCAUGGAGUUUACUUAUUAAAAGUAAAGAAUUUCAUUGGUCAAGCAACAGCGAAAAUGAAACUUGUUGUAAAUGUUGCUCCAAAAUUCGUGGUUCUGCCUCCACUUUACGUCGCUGGUUACGAAGACUGGAACACAACCUUCACAUGCAAUAUAUUUGGGUUUCCUCCUCCGAGGAUCGAGUGGACACGAGCACAGAAAGCCAUGCCUAAAGGACGCCAUGUAAAAUAUGAUAACAGCCUUAUUAUCAUGAAUACAAAGAGUGAGGAUAAGGGACCCUACAUGUGCAGGGGCAUUAAUAACCAAGGAAACGUGUUUGCCAUGGUAGUGCUAAAUGUUUAUUCUGUCAUUGCUCCAGCCAUCGUUCAAUCCUCCGCUAAUAAUGUUACCGUAUACAAAGUCUUGAGUCGCGUUAAAUUAAACUGUUCAGCAACUGGAUCACCGCUGCCAACGAUCGAGUGGAGCAAAGAUGGACUAGCUUUAUCUGUAAACACUACAGUUCGCCAGACCAAUAAAGAAACUAUAGGCGAGUUGGUCAUUGAUUCGUUCAUGCCUSAAGACCAAGGACGAUACAAAUGCUUUUUUAGAAACUACGACAAUGGAACGGCCGAAAGUACAAUACAAGUCUCACUAAUGAGCUGUGGUGAUCCUGGAAAACCAUUGAAUGGCUACCGUACUGGCAAUGAGUUCUGGGCUGGAAAUAUGGUAGUUUAUACUUGUGAUCCUGGUUACUACUUGGUGGGACCAUCCAACCGACUUUGUCUGGAAAAUGGUGCGUGGAGUAACUCCAUUCCAUCAUGUCGUCGUCUUUGUCCCGAUAUCGUACCUCCUGAGAAUGGAUACAUUGUAAGUGAUUUCCUGGCCAACAGCACUCUUACUUUCCAUUGUAAACCCGGUUACUGGGUCAGUGGGAACCGCAACUUGUUAUGCGAUCCCAACACAGGGAGCUGGACAGAUUGGAAAGGAAAUUUUCCUACUGAAAAACCUCAGUGUAUAAAACAUACAUUGAAUUCAAACAUCCUAAAAAAUCGAGAGGAUUAUUAUGAAUUAAUGACAGAAUGGCUGGCUCCAGUGACAAAUAACCCAAUAAGAUGGGUACCAUGCUAUCAAAGCAGACUUCACGGAUGGGCCAGUAAGACAUUCCAUUCUUAUUGUGAUGGUAAAGGACCGACUAUUACAAUCAUCAAAGUGAACAAAUACAUAUUUGGAGGCUAUACAGACGUCAGCUGGCAUACCAAAGGGUCUUACAGCAAAUCAGUCAACUCGUUCCUGUUUUCAUUCGUAAACAAAGAUAACUUGAAGCCAUUUAAAAUGAAAGUUUUCAAAUCACAGAAUGCAAUUUAUGGAGGUAGCAGCUACGGGCCAAUGUUUGGAGGCGGUCAUGACAUAUAUAUUAGUAAUAAUGCUGGUAGCAACACAUACUCCUCUACGAACCUUGGACAUAGCUAUGUACUGAUUAAGGGCUACACAGCUGGAUCAACUAAAGCAAGGAACCUUCUUGCAGGAUCGUACAACUUUCAGCCAGACGAGAUCGAAGUGUUUCGGCAAGAUGGCUUAGACGUUUAGGUGAAAGAAACUCUAACAAAACACAGGGAUCCCACAUAAUAUAUCGAUGCCACUUUUAACACAUACGAUAUUUUCAGGAAAUGGACUUAUCGAAUAACGCGUUGCUAUAAACGUUUCCAUCCAGUUCAGACCACCCGGUAGUAAGUCUUAUUGUUUCUUCGUAUUUUCAUUUCACAGCUGAAUUCUUAGAAACAAAAGUUUUUUUUUCGCACAUGAUUUGAAUUGGGUGGUAACGCACACGGUAACGCGUAGGCCGAUUUGGUCUAUGCAUUGCAGUUGUGAUAAGUGGGCAAUUUGCAUAUUGGUAGUAUCGGUAGUAAAUGUAUGGAGCAACUAGUUAUCCUUUAGUUUUUUUCUUAAUUUUAAAAAUGUUUAAUUCUCUCGUUUGAUAUCAAAUUAUAUAGAAUUUAAAUAAAUUCAAAGCAGUAAAGUUAAAUUAAGCAAAUUA